CUUCUGUCUCGUGGGUCACGAGAUGUUGCGAGAGAAAAUGACAACAACAAUGGCAGCCUCCAGGAUCACCAGAAAACUUUUCAAUCUUUUACCCGUUUGUAAGAAAAGACAACAUGUCUCAAUACAAUAUUUAAACCCACAAAUUUCUAAUUUUACAAAUCACCGGUUUUCGUCAAGUUCCACACAAGACAGUUAUGACAUUGUUAUUGUUGGAGGUGGUAUUGUUGGUAUGGCAACAGCAAGAGAAAUACUGGUACGACAUCCAAAUUUGUCAGUUGCAGUUCUGGAGAAGGAAUCUAAAAUAUCCCCUCACCAGAGUGGACAUAACAGUGGAGUGAUACAUGCUGGUAUAUACUAUACACCUGGUAGUCUGAAGGCCAAGCUUUGUGUUGAGGGUGUAGAACUUCUAUAUAAAUACUGUGAUGAAAAUAAUGUGCCAUACAAAAAGUGUGGUAAGUUGAUAGUGGCAGUCACACCAGAAGAAAUCCCAAGACUUGAGGGCUUAUUGAAAAGAGGGAUUGAAAAUGGGGUCAAGGAUUUGAAGAUGGUUGAAUCCCAUGAAAUAAAAGAUUAUGAACCAAACUGUGUAGGACUGAAAGCCAUUCACUCUCCACAUACAGGGAUCAUUGAUUAUGCAGAAGUAACAAGAUCUUAUGGUCGAACAUUUGAGAAAGCUGGUGGAAAAAUAUAUACUAACUUUGAAGUGAAAUCGUUGGAUGUUACAAAGGAAAGUUCACCAGAAUCAUCAAGUGGCAUAAAACAUCCUGUUACUGUAAGGGGAGAUAACCAAGCAGUACAGUGCAGAUAUGUUGUGACCUGUGGAGGACUCCAUUCAGACAGACUGGCAGAGCUGUCCGGUUGUAAUAGAGAACCAAGAAUAGUCCCAUUCAGGGGAGAUUACCUGUUACUAAAACAAGAAAAAUGUGAUCUUGUUAGAGGCAAUAUUUAUCCAGUACCAGACCCUAGAUUUCCUUUCCUGGGAGUCCAUUAUACACCUAGAAUGAAUGGAGAUGUUUGGUUAGGACCAAAUGCUGUGUUGUCGUUUAAAAGAGAAGGAUAUAAUUUAACAGAUUUUAAUUUGAAAGAUACAUUUGAUGCUUUAAGUUUUAGAGGUUUGAGGAAGCUUGCUUUUAGAAAUUUAGCUUUUGGUUUAAAAGAAAUGUAUCGUGGAUUUUAUAUUGGUGCAACAGUCAAACAGUUACAAAGAUAUGUACCAGAACUUGCCAGGGAAGAUGUCAUCAGAGGCCCAUCUGGUGUGAGAGCUCAAGCUUUAGAUAGAGAAGGACAGUUAGUAGAUGACUUUGUAUUUGACAGUGGUACAGGAGAUCUUGGCAGUAGGAUAUUACACGUUAGGAAUGCUCCGUCACCAGCAGCGACUUCAUCUCUAUCUAUAGCUAACAUGGUUACUGAUAAAGUAGAACAGACAUUCCAAUUAUAGUAUUAGUCUGCUUUAGGAAUUAUGGUGCAAUAUCCAGCAAUUUGUCUUAUAUAUAAGUUCAUUAUCUGUGAUAAUUAUUUAAAUUAAGUAUGAUUUUUGUCUUUUUUUAUAAUUCAUUCAAGGGGAGAUAAUUAUGGGACUGUAAUAAAGUAUCAUUCAUCCAAGGGGAGAUAAUUAUGUGAUCAUAAUAUAAAGUAAGAGCCAUAUCAAUGAAACUAAUUGUCUUAAUUUCUAAACUGUUUCGUUGACAUGUACAACAAUUUUAAACUUCAUAACCUGUUGAAAUUGGUUGGUCAAGAAAAUAGUUGAGAUGUACAAAUCAUGGCUUUAUUUAACAUUAUUCAUUCAAGGGUAGAUAAUUGAGUGAUCAUAAUAUAAAGAUCUAAAUCAAUGAAACUGUUUUCUUAAAUUUGUUAACUUUUUUGUUGGGACAGGUAAAGCAACUUCAAACUUUGUUACAUGUUGAAAUUGGCUGGUCAAGAAAAUGGUUGAGCUGUGCAAAUGAUGGCUUUAUUCAACCAGUCAUGUCAUAAUUUAUAAAAAAUAAAUAAGCGGGGAAUUUAGAUGUAAAAAAAUAAUCAUAAGCAACAAAACAUGAUAUUUAUUCUUGAAUCAGUGUUGUUUGUUCAUAAGUUUAAUUUUCUUUUAAAUUUUGAAUUUGACCAUGGACUUUUUAAUAGAAAUGAAACAGAAAUUCAAAGAACUUUGUCUUUUUCUAUGCAUUCUCAAUUUGUUUUGGUGCAAUGUUACUCAGAAUGUCUUCACCUUGUAUUUAAUGAAAGAAACUAAAUUUAAUCUUUGUUUUUCAUAAGAAUAUUAUUUAAUUGUGAAUUUAAACUUUGUUUUUCAUAAGAAUUUUAUUUGAUUGUAAAUUUGUAUUUCGUUAGAAUAUUAAUUGAUUGCUCAAGGUUGUUUCAUAUUAUGUGCCUGAUAUUAGAAGUUUAUAUUUAGAAAUCCAACAGAAUUUUUCAUAUCAAAUUACCUACAUUAGGUAUGAAAGAUGUCUGAAGAAUCAUGUUUUUAAUGUUGAAGAGAAAAUAUUUUUAUACAGAUCUUUGUUGAUAUAGAUAAAAUUUUACGCUUAAGGUGGUACCCAACACUUUAACUAAAAUUAAUUUGGCUCGUUUAAUUUUCUUAAAAUUUUGUCAAAGUAUUUACUCUGACCCUUUGACAAAAAUAUAAAAAUUUCAAAAAAUUUGAACCAACUGUUUAUUCAGAAAAUUUACACUGGUUAUAUAGCAGUUUGACAAACACUUAUUUUAAUCAUUGAUAAGCUUAAUAUUCCCUUAUGAACACAAAGUCAUUAAAACUUUCUGCUGAUUUUACAGAGUUAGCUCCCUGUAGUGUUAGGUAUCACCUUAAAGAAUGAUAAGUUUAGUUUUUUAAUACAUUUUAGCCUAUUAUUUGUAUGAAUAAUAAAUGCAAAGUUGAUAAAGAAAAGGGGCAUAUUAUAAUGCAUCUUUUAUUACAUAUUUGAUGUUAAAAAGGGUAAAGUUAUACUUGUUGAAUUUUUAAUGAAUUCUGUUUAUGAGAGGGAAUUCAAAGAUAUGUAUUAAUACUGAUUUAGAAAUUUAAGUUUGGAAAUUUUUGAAGUUUAUAUUGUUAUUACAUAUUUUUACAACUGUAUUUAUUUGUUACAAUGUUUUGUGAAACUGCAGUUUCAUUUUGAGUAGUUAAGCCACAUUUUAUGGUAUUGUUAUUAUUCCUUUGGAAAUAUUUAGAUAAAUAUAUGGUUAAAAAUUGUGUCAAGGUAUAUCCUCUAUAUUGCAAAAUAAUAUUGAAAACAGGUCUGAAUCCUUGCCUACACUAUAAACAUAAACACUAAAAAUACUUUUUCUUUCUAAAUGGUACCAGGUUAUCACAGAAAGGAUCAUUUAUCAUUAUUUUUCAUACCGUGCAUACAAAGUAUGUAAUCAGUUUAAUCAAACAAUCUACAAAGACAACAUAAAAGUGCCUUUCUAAAAAAAAUUAUUAGAAACUUGUAUGUAAUGAAUAUAAGCAUUCUUAGAAAUAGAAUAUCCAGUUUUCAGAUUUUUUUAAGAGGGUAUUAAAAAAAUGUUUGAAAUGUAUUUGUAUUUUUUUACAAACAAUCAUGUACAAUAAUGUGAUCAUAUA